AUGAUACCACUAUUUCUUCGACUAGCCAUCGUAUGGCUUGCUUGGUCUACCGGUCGCAUGCUUCCAUGCAUUGUUCUUCUCAAACUCAUCGUUGGCGCAGCACAGCCGGGAACAUAUUCAUUGAAUUCAUGGUAUUUUUUGCGUAAAUUCUGGCUUCGUCAACUUGUCGUCCGAUCAUUAGCAUUCUCAUUUGUAUCCAAUUUCGGUUUCUAUCAUACACUAUUUCCUCGUCUUUUGCAAUGGCUAGGUGUUCGAAUCGACGAAACGAAUGAUAUUCGUAUUUCUCAAGCUCAUUUUCUACUUGCUUUUCCAACGAAUCUCGUUCAGCUUGAACCAGGCAGCACAGUGAACGGAUUCGCAUUAUUUAUUCCAUUCACUGUGACGAGAGAUGGUCAAUGUAAAGUCAAUCAUAUUCGAAUCGGACGCAAUGCUCAACUUGGAAAUCAUUGCACUAUUCAGCCCGGUGCGAAUAUCGCUGAGCGAACGCUUGUUGGAACAAUGACGCGCAUCGAUGAAGAGACGAGCACUACGAUUAAUGAUGAUGAUAGCUCUGGCAGUAUUGUACUUGGAAUUCCAGGUCGGUUGAUGCCAUUUCAACGAGACACUCCAGUUCCAGUGUCAACAAAUAAACUUUCACCAUACAUGUACUCCGAAUUAGUAUGUGCUAUUUGUGUUCAAUUUCUUAUCAAAGUAAUUAUUUCAUUUCUGUUUAUCCAUUCGUACUUUCUUCUACCGAUCUAUUUUCUUCUUGUGGAACAUUUUAUUUCGUUCUUUUUCUUUGCCUUACCACGUGAAAUUCGUUCGAUUGAUCGUAUCAAUCACUGGCAAUAUCAAUCGAGUGCAAUUUUGACACUCGAUUUUUAUACUUUUAUUGCGCCACUUCUAGGUGGAACACAAUGGUUGAUCAUUCUUUUGCGUCGUCUCAAGGCGAACAUUGGUCGAGAUGUAAUUAUCGGUGAGAUGAAUGCAGUUGAAGAUUGGAAACAUGUCACUAUUGGAUCACAUGUUCGUUUAAGCACAACAGCCAAAAUUCAGUGUCACACAGAUGAAGGUCGAAUACAUCAAUUAGCUCCUGUCACUAUUGGGCCCUAUUCGCAUCUGUUCCAUUGGGCAUUCGUUUUUCCUGGAGCACAUGCCCAGGGCAACAACACAAUUCAUCCGUUAACACUCAUUAUGAAAGAUGAUCAAUUACCGAAGAAUACAGAAUGGAGAGGCUGUCCAGCAACAUGA